CCCAGGUCGAUAACUUGCCUUGCAGCACUUCACGUCGUCAACAACCCUAAUAACGACUUUUCCAGACACUUUGACAAUCUUGAGGUUAAGCUGAGAGACCUAGUCUGAAAAGAUGUCUGCCGCUCGACACUGGGAGCAAGACAAAGAUUCGACCAUAUACAUUGGCAAUCUCGACGAGCGAGUCACCGAUGCCUUGGUUUGGGAGCUCUUCCUACAGGCCGGCCGCAUCGCCAACGUCCACUUGCCCAAGGACCGAGUCACCCAGACGCACCAAGGCUAUGGCUUCGUCGAGUUCAACUCGGAGGAGGAUGCAGAGUAUGCUGCCCGAAUCAUGAACCAGGUCAGAUUAUACGGGAAACCCAUCAGAGUCAACAAGGCCAGUGCGGACAAGCAGAAGUCUGUCGAGGUCGGUGCCGAGCUAUUUGUAGGAAACUUGGAUCCUAUGGUCGAUGAGAGAAUGCUGUACGACACUUUCGGACGAUUCGGUACUUUGGUCGCGGCUCCAAAGGUUGCUCGCGACGAAAACAACUUGUCCAAGGGUUAUGGAUUUGUCUCUUUCUCCAACUUUGAGUCUUCUGACGACGCCAUCGCCAAUAUGAAUGGUCAAUAUCUCAUGAACAAAGAAGUCUCGGUUCAAUACGCCUACAAAAAGGACGGCAAGGGCGAGAGACACGGUGACCAAGCCGAACGUAUGCUAGCUGCUCAGGCCAAAGCUCACGGCGUUCAACCCACCCCCGCCACCAUCCCAGUCGGCGGCCCGCCAAUGUUUGGUGCCAUGCCUCAGACUCCUGCCACCCCCGUCGGCUUCGGACCACCGAACGGAAACUACCAGGCCGUCCCUCCUCCAAUUCAGGCAAGACCUCCUCCGCCACAGAGUGCGCCACUGCCUGCACCACCUGGUGGCCUCCCAGCACGUCCUCCUCCGAGUCAAGCAGGAUAUGGCGGACCGCAGGGCUUCAUGCCACCAGGUUUCAACCAGAUGCCCGCAGGCUUUCCACAGCAACAACAACAACAACAACAACAACAACAACAACAACAACAACAUGCGCCGCCGCCGCCUCCUCCUCCUGGGUUCGCCCCUCCCCCUGGCUUUGGAGGUCCACAGCCUGGUGCUAUGCCUCCAGCUCCUCCCGCCGGACCGCCCGGCGGUUUCCAAGGAUACGGGAUUCGAAAAUGAGAGAAGCCCUUGGUCGUACGGUACAGCUGCGAACACAUCGAGUAUCUAUCCGCUAAAGAUUGUCACUUAAUUUUUGCGAAAUGCAAGACCUUAUCCAGGAUUCGGGCGGCUCCAAUGAACUCCCUCACACUAUCACGAUGUCGUUGUAUGGAACGGCACUCUUUCUGUCACUUUGGCCGACCUUGCUACCUACCUGCACACAAGCAAACAGGACGCAUCGUGUCACUUUUACAAGGCUAACAAGCAAAGUGCAUGUGCAUCCGAUCAACCACUUUUGGCUGGCAACCGUACGUGCUAUACAAACCAAAGGCUCAGUGAAAAAGUUGCUUUCGGUCGCGUCGGACUCUGUUGUUCGAAUGAGGUCUCGAUGAUAAGUCCGGUGCAGCAGCCACCAACCAAGGCCGACUCGAACUUCUUUCACGGCUUUAACGAGUUCAACUCCUUGACGAACACCACGUGGGGGGAGAAAAGCCCCGAUGGACAACCUCCGGAUCCCGGAAUGGCAGGGAAAAGGAAUUCUGAAAACCUCUCUACGACCGGCAUGUAUAUCGGCUAGACAAUCGGCCAGACACAUCACAUCACCUCACACCGCCAGUGAUUCCCAUAGCCUAGCGUGUGCUGCGAAUUCAGACACCACGUCGCCGGGACCAUUACUAAUGUGUCCGGAUGUCUAUCGAUUGGGGUGGGUCAGUGGGUGUACUCUAUUCGAGGCUCUCUCGCGAGAAUGUGAUUGCAGACCUCUCUCUCUCUCUCUUGGAGACUCAAACCCACUGUGUCCGUCUCUAACGACUCGGGUUGAUGAUGAUGGCCUGUUCGAGACGCGCGAUUUGAUGGAGAAAAUAGAUAGAAAUUUCCAUUACAAGAGGUCAAGAACUAUCUCUU